AUGGGUGAAAUCGACCUUCCUACCGAAUCGGCGGAGCAAGUCUUUCCACUUGCUAUUAGUGAGUCCCUAGUCCCAGUCCGUGAAAGCAAAACGGCGGGAACAGUGCUUCUCUCUCUAGAUGGACUCCUAGAGCCCCCUCUACAAAUCAACGAAGAUCUGAAGGAUGGGUGUGGUGGGCAACCAUGGCCAGCCGGGAUUGUGCUCGCGAAAUAUAUGCUUCGCAAACACAAGUUUGACCUUUGUGGGAAAAUCAUUGUCGAGCUUGGUGCUGGAAGUGGCCUCGUCGGACUUGCAAUAGCACGAGGAUGCACAGUUGACUCGCCAAUAUACAUCACCGACCAAACCCCGAUGUUGUCACUAAUGCAAAGUAAUGUCCAGUUGAACGGUCUGUCCAACAUCGUCUACCCGACCGUACUCGAAUGGGGCAGGCCGCUCCCAGAGACUGUCCCAUCAACCACUGCCAUCAUUCUUGCGGCGGAUUGCGUCUACUUCGAACCUGCAUUUCCACUAUUACUAUCAACACUUCAAAGUCUCCUUACAAGUUCGCAUUCGUUGUGCUACUUUUGUUUCAAAAAGCGGCGCCGUGCGGAUCUUAGAUUCAUGAAACAAGCAAAGAAACUGUUUAAUCUGGUCGAAGUGAAGGAUGACCCCGAUCGCGAGUGCUAUUCAAAAGAAAACAUAUUUAUGUACGUCAUCACGAAGGGGGAUGUGAAAGCUGAAGAGCCAGGGGAGCGGAAGUAA